AUCUCUUCACUCCUUUCACUUCCUCGCUUAAACCCUGCUCUCAAAAACCCUAAUUCAUUUCCUCUGAUCACGUCCCGCCGCCAUCUCAGUUUCCCUAUCCCAAAUUCCCAAGUUUUUCAUUUCCGGGCCCGAAAGUUUCUCAAUACCCCCUACCCUUCUGCCCACUCAUUUCUCAAGGCCUACGAAUCCGAUUUUUCAAUUGCCACCUCACUAGAACAAAACCCUAAUUUUAAUGAUUUCAAUUUAGAUUCUUUUCUCUCAAUCGCUGAAUUUUUGUGCAUUUUUUCUUCGGCUGUCGUUUCGGUUGUUUGCGCUGUUUCCGGAUGGAAAGGUGUCGUUUUGGGUGGGAUUUGGGGAUGGGUCAUUGUAUGGGGAGUUUCAGGAUUGGUAGCUGGGGUUGCCAUCGGGGCGUGGAUUAGGAGGCGGCAGUGGUGGAGGAUUUGUGUGGAAACGGUGACGGGUGGCGGAGGAGCAACAAAAUUGAAUUUGGUUGAGAGGAUUGAGAAAUUAGAGGAGGAUUUGAAGAGUUCCGUUACUAUUAUUCGAGGUUUGUCUAAACAACUUGAGAAGUUGGGGAUUCGAUUUCGAGUCACAAGGAAGGCUUUGAAACAGCCGAUUGCCGAGACUGCUGCUUUGGCUCAAAAGAAUUCUGAGGCUACUAGAGCAUUAGCAGCACGAGAAGAUAUCCUGGAAAAGGAGCUUGGUGAAAUUCAGAAAGUUUUGCUGGCAAUGCAGGAGCAACAGCAAAAACAACUUGAGUUAAUCCUCGCAAUUGGGAAGUCAGGGAAGUUAUUUGAAGACAAGCGGGAACCUAGUCAAGUGAAAGAUACAGUUGUAGCAUGUAAUUCAACUGAGGAGGCAAAACAAAUGGAUGUCCUUCAGACUCAACCUUUAGGUACAAGCAAGGGAUCUGGCAAUGACAGAGCAUAAGAUUUUGAAGAAGCAGCAGAUGCAGUUGGCGUGUAUGUAAUUAACAGCAGGAUACCAGUUUGUCUGAUCCUUCACUGUACAAGGCACUUGGACUCCCAUAGAUGCCACCAUAUCUGUGCUUGGCAUAAACAUUUUUUGCCUAAAAUCUCCUUGUUUCUUGACCGCUGCAUCCCUGCUACAAUUGAAGAUGGAAAAAGAGCUAGAAAGGGAUAAAAACAUAAAUAUAAAAUGGGAGACUUGCUUAUUUCUGGUUGAGCAUAGAAACAUGCAAAGGUGAAAGGAGUGGCCUUUUUUUUUUUAAUGUAUUUGUAAUUUUUCUUUUUAUGGUAUUCUGCAAUACCA